GUCUUUAAAUGAAAAAGCUGUAACUGUUUCUGCUGUAAAACUGAAGUGUGUGGUGGGGGGGUGGAGCUCAGUGUGAGGGUAGUGUACAGUGUUAUAAUCAUGCAGUGAUGUAGUGAUGGUAGUGGGUGUAAUUAGAUCUCUAUAGAGAUGAUGGUGGUGGAGGGGCAGUAGUGCAGACAGCUGGUGAGAGGUAAAGCUAAUUACACUCAGCCACACACACACACACACACACACACACAAAACAAUGCAUUAUUCCACUGAAAUUAGUAAAUUAUUGCAAAGUAAAAAUAACUUGUUUAUUAUAUAUUUUCUUAAAAUUAACCAGGUUUUUAAGAUUAGUUUACAUUUUACAUUUAGAACUUAAACAGCACUGCAUAAGGUAUUAUCACGUGUACUUUAUCAAUAUUUUUCAUAAAUAAUCAUAAGUUAUUGUUUAUGAUAAGAAGUGGUGGGUCCUGCUGGAGUAAUAAACCCUGUGAUUGGGUGGGGGGCAUGUGGGCAGGGUUUAAUACAGAAGGGGAGGAGCUUGUAUUAAUCUGCAGUUGCUCUCAGCAUAUUAUAGCUGUGGAAACAGUUGAAAGUGCAGUCCAGCCCGCAUCCCGGUGUGUGUGUGUGAGUGUGUGUGUAUGUUAGCGCGUGUGUGUGUUAGUGAGUGUGUGAGUGAUGUCGUGGAGCAGCUCCAGCAGUGGAUACUGCAGCACUGAUUCAGACUCAGAGCAGGAGCUCCAGCAGUUUUACACUGCUCACACUUCCACUUUCAGAAACAAACACACCCCAGCCGAGGAUGAUCCAGUCGACUGGAGAAAGCAGGAACUGUCCGUCAGCGAAAUCCAGCAGAAAGUUAAAGAAUACAAUGCUCAGAUCAACAGUAACCUCUAUAUGGUUCUGAAUCGGGAUGGGUCGUACACUGGUUUCAUUAAGGUCCUGUUUAAGCUGUCCCGCCCUGUGUCCCUGCCACCCCCUCGGAGUCCCUCCCCCCCUGCCUCAGGGCCAGAGGGGGUGGUGUUUACCCGCAGGACGUCCUUCUACCUCCCCAGAGACGCUGCUAAACACCUGCACGUCAGCUCUCACACACAGGUCAGAGAGGUCAUCACCGCCCUGCUCAACAAAUUCACUGUGGUGGACAACCCGGCCAAAUUCGCCCUGUUCGAGCGCAGCGAGCGCCACGGACAAGUGUAUCUAAAGAAGCUGGGUGAUGAAGAGCGUCCGCUGCAGCUGCGUCUGUGUGCAGGUCCCAGUGAGAAAUCCCUGAGCUUUGUGUUGAAAGAGAACGAGACUGGAGAGGUCAAUUGGGAAGCGUUCAGUCUGCCCGAGCUGAAGAACUUCAUGCGGAUCCUGCAGAAAGAGGAGGAGGAUCAUGUGAGACAGAUCAUCCGGCGCUACUCACUGGCCCGAGAGAAGAUGAGAGAAGCUCUGAAACAUUUCAGCACACCUGGAUGAUCUUAAUGCAGGAGAAAGGGGUUAAACUGGACGUUACCUCACUGCUGGACGAGACAGCAGCUAUAGGGCUAAAGUUCAAAUGAGAGCUGCCUGAAAUCCAAAGAGCUGAUGGAGGUUCAGAAGUGCUGAAUGGGGUGAAUUUAGAGGCAAAAUAAUAACCUAUAACUACCUAGAUCACCCACUGAGGAGAUUCAGACAAACACUCCACACUUGUGAUAGAAUUGCUCCUUUAAUGAUUCAAGAAAACUGAAAGUGGAAUAGUAGGAUGGCAGUAUAUUACAUUAUCAGCUGUGAAUUAACAGUUCCAAUAGUAAAGUAAAUGGUGGGGAUUCUCAGAAUGAGGGAGAUGUUGCAAUAAUUUUAACACAGCUUUACAGGGAACAACGGGUCUGUCUCAGAAAGCAGGAUUAGUUUAGUCAGCCAGACUUUAACCUUUAUUCCUUCUUAUAGCUCUCUCACUUACUGACUCACUCACUCACUCACUCAUGUUUAGCAGGCUAUAGAUUCUUCACAGAUUCUCCACACCACUAGAUCUAUUAUACAAUAUACUGCCAAAAGUAUCUGCUCCCCUUCUGUAAAGCUGCCAUUUGUUAAUACACAAUAAUGUUCUAUUAGUGGCAAUAUAUACUAUACAUAGUAUUUAAAUGAUUUUCCACAUUGUUAAUUAAAUGUUAACCACCAUCAUAAAAGAUUUUGCUAAAUUGAAACUUUGGCUGAGCUAAUGGUUUAUGAGACAGACUCCAGGUCAGUUUUUAAUUUAAUGGUGUACACACUGGAAGUGCUGCCUGCUGUGAGUCACCUCACAGUUUUUCUGAUGAUUUUUGUACUGUAACUCAGCUCAGAUUGAGCACAAAUCAUAUUCAGGAAGGUGAAGACUGGGAAUAAACUUUCUGUAACAGUGACUUAAUGACUUGUGUUUAUAGUUUAAAGAAUGCUUAAUGAGAAUUAAAUCAAAUAAGCACUUUCAACCUGCAGUGGAUACGUAGUCAUUAUAAACAUCUUAACUGUGAUUCUGUUAAGCCUCACACGUGUUUUUAAAAUGUGAGUAAUUGUUUAUCUAAACAAAAUGUGACAAUGUGCAUUUAUUAUUUUUUUUUUUGGAAGAAAUUAAUGAACUGUCUCAGAAUGUGUUCAUUUGGGGUGUUCUUUUAUGGUCAUACUUGUAAACUUGUAUACUUGUAAAAAUCCCCACAAAUACAUUAAUCUGUUUUGGGUAUACACACACACACACACACACACACACACACAGGCCUUUACCAGUGUACAUUAGAUUAUUAUAGAAAAUAGAAUUCUAGAAGCAAAAGAAGUGUUCUGUGUUAACAUGAAUCUAGAAUUAACAAAGGAUUAAAAAACAGAAAAGAUUCUUUAAAGGGGUACUAAACCACCCUCCACCCUCAGCUCAAAUUUUAAAAAGGCUACAAAAUGGGAGAAGUUAUCUGCCGGGGCACUGGGUGAUGUAUGGAUUUAGAGGUGGGGCAGGAGGGAGAGCUGAUUGGCUGACACAUCAUCCUCACCUAUAGCACAGUUGAACCUGAGAGGGCGCUGCAGAGGCGAAAUUUACAAUAAAGGCAUUUUUUUUAAAGGUUUAAAAAUGUUUAUAAAUUUUUUUAAGCAGGACUGAUAUGUUUCAUUACUUCAGAGAAACACAUUUCAGCUAUUAAUGAAAAAAAUAUAGAUGAUUUAGGGUUUAGUGGCUUUUUAAGCAAAAGAAGGAAA